GUAAACCACGCCGGUCACGGAACGCAUGGGACUGAGCUGGGACAUCGUGUGUGUGUAGGUCUGAAAUCAUGGAGACUAAAUCAAAAAAGAACUCUUUUCCAAAAGAUGGAAAGAAGUUCUCGCAGAAAGGAAAAGAUUCCAUGGGGACCAAACUUGGCAGUAAGCCGGGUGGUAAGAAGCCCUACAAACCUUUAAACAACGCAGAGAAAAAGAGCAGGUCGAUGGGUGGCGCUGGCAGCAAGGAAGAACACAAAUUCCCUUCCUCCAAAGCUGGCAUGGGGCCGCAGAAAAGGACAAUGCAAUUUAAAGCAAAAAAUGAAGAGAGCGAAGGUCCAGUGGCCAAGAGGAUGAAGAAAGGCGAGUUUGAUCCGAAAACAAAGGAGCUGACGGAGGAGGAGCUCAAGAAGAAUAGGCAGCAAAUAAAGAAGGAUCUGAAAAAUAGCAGACAGCAUGCGGAGAGGAAGGACAUGUUCCAGAUCAUUUGUCAGUGCAAAAAACUGUGGGGAGACCUCAGGAAGAAGAAGUGCGACAACGAGUUGAAGAAGAAACUGAUGACGGAGCUUCACGAUCUUGUCCGUGGGAACAUCAAACAGAUGGCUUUUGCUCACGACUCUGUGAGAGUGCUGCAGUGUUUCAUCCAGUUUGGCAGCCACGAGCAGAGACAAGAAGUGUUUGAGGAGCUCAAAGGCGACGUCGUCGAUUUGUGUAAGUCGCAGUACGGCAAACACGUGGUGAAGAAACUGCUGAUGUACGGGAACAAGGAGCUGGUGGCGGUUGUGAUGAAAACAUUCAGGGGUCACGUGCGUACGAUGCUUCGCCACGCUACCGCAUCGUCCAUCAUCGAGUACGCCUACAACGACAAAGCCGUGCUCGCACAGAGACUUAUGCUCACCCAGGGGCUGUACGGAAACACCUUCACCAUCUGCAAGUCAUCUGUGUGCAAAACCAUCGAGAAAGUCGCAGAGGCGAACCCGGACAAGCUGAACAACAUCAUUGACGAGAUGAAACAGAUCCUCACACCCAUGGCUCAGAAAGAACAAGUGAUCAAACACUCUCUGGUCCACAAAGUCUUUCUGGACUUCUUCCUGUUCGCACCCGACAAACCGAAAACGGAAAUGAUUGAGUCGAUCAGAGAGUCUGUCGUCUACAUGGCUCACACACACGACGGAGCACGAGUGGCAAUGCACUGUUUUUGGCACGGGACGGCUAAGGACAGAAAAGUAAUUAUCAAAACUAUGAAAACCUACAUUGUAAAGUUUGCCACGGGGGAGUUCGGUCACCUAGUUCUUCUGGCCAUGUUCGACUGCGUGGACGACACCAAGCUUGUCAAACAGGCUGUUCUUUCAGAGAUCUUGCUGUCUCUUGAUGAGGUCAUCGGUAAUAAAUAUGGUAAGAAGGUUUUGCUGUACCUGCUGAGUCCCAGAGACCCUGCUCACCUGCUGCCGGAGAUCAUCAAGGUGCUGCAGCAAGGAGACGGAAACACACACAGUAAAAAGGACAUGGCAGUUCGGAGGAAGGAGCUGCUGGAAGUCGUCUCUCCACCGUUGCUGGAACAUCUCCGUGACAACGCUGCCACUAUGGUGACAGACAAGGCAUCCAGCGUCACCAUUAGUGACAUCCUGGCUUCAGCCUGUGGGGACCUGCGGCCCGCCAUGACAGCCGUUGCGCAGCUAGCCAAUCACGAGUUGGUACCAGGAGGGACCAACGGAGAGCUUCACAUGGCGGAGCAUCCAGCAGGACACCUGGUGCUGAAAUGGCUCAUGGAGCAGGACACAACGCUGGCAGAGGCCGGCAAGGAAGAGCGGUUCGGAAGGAUACUGGUGGAUACAGUGGGAACAGACAAUCUGAAGACCUGGGUCAAGGUCAACAGAGGCGCCAUGGUGCUCUGCAGCCUCCUGAAGAGCUACGACAAGUCUGUGGCAGCAGAGGUGAAGGUGGCGCUGGAGUCCAUCAAAGCAGAGCUCAGCAGCAUCGGCAACAAUAAAGGAGCUGAAAUCCUGCUCGAGAAUCUGAACAAGUAGACUUUUGAUUCCAAAACAGACUUGUGAUAUUAAAAGGCAUCACUUCCUGUGCAGCAGUGGGUCUUUUUUACCAGAAAACGCAGACAAGUGCUGGCAUUUUACAGGAAGUGGCUACAACCUGAACCUGGAGCACCGUUGUCAAGUCCAUCCCUGAUGGGGAGAAACAGAUGUGAAUUUGUGUGUAAAUGUUGAGAAUUGUACCUGCGAGAAAUGAAAAAAAGAUGCUAUCGGGACGAGGUGACGAUACAAGUAAACAGAUUAAAAUAUACAGAUGCCUCUUCUGGGCUGGCAGCAAGAAUGCACAUAAGUAAUUCAAUCAAAUGUCAUAUUUUUCCACAUUUUAAAAGCUUGGACAAAUAAAACCAUCACUAAAUACAGACUAAUGUUUUCCUUGUAAUGUAAAUGUGAUCGGCGCAUAUUUUCUAUUAGUCCCGACUGCCACCUUUAUUUUUUAUUUGAACUUUUUGUAGCUUUCUGAACAAUAAUUGUAUUGGCUGAAAAGAAUAUGUAUGCAAAUAAAAAAAAUCCCCCAACUCCU